AUGAAGGGGCUAAGGUACGCGAUCGCAGAGGAGUUCAUGCGAUCGCAUAGAACAGAAAAUGGGCCUGAUCAAUUAACCCUACGCGAUCGCAGAAGAAUGUACGCGAUCGCAGACACCAGCAACAGCAAUAAAAAUGCCAUGAUUAGAUGUUUUUGCUUAGCAGCUAUAAAGGAGCAUUUUGAGUUCUAUGUUAACAGGUCAAGUAACACGAGAUACUCUUUGAGAACACAUGAGUGCUCAGUUGAUAUUCGAAAAUCAGAUCAAAGGCAAGCAACUUCAAAUGUGAUUAGAGAUUACGUGAUUGACAACUUAAGAGACAUAGCUACUGAGGUAAAACCUAAGUUUGUCAUUUCAGAGAUGAAAAGAGCACAUGGAAUUGAUGUUGGUUAUGGAAAAGCAUGGCAUGCUAUUCAAAAGGGGUUAUCUUUGUUAAGAGGAACAACUGAACACAAUUAUGAGCAGCUGCCAUCAUAUUUGUAUAUGAUGGAACAAAAAAAUCCAGGAUCAUAUACAAAUAUUGUGAGAGAUGAAAAAAACAGUAUAUUAUACAGGAUGUUAGUGGUUGUCGUCCAGUAUAUUUUACAGGAUGUGUGUAUUGUAUUUUACAUGUUUUUUAUGUAUGGGGCAUCAAUUUUUGGGUGGAAGUAUUGUAGACCACUAAUUGCUGUUGAUGGAACAUUUCUAAAAAAUAAAUAUAGAGGUGUUCUAUUAGUGGCUGUUACCAAAGAUGCAAAUAAUCAGAUUUUUCCUAUAGCUUUUGGAGGAAUUAAGAAAGCAAUUGGGAUUCGUAAUGAUUUAAUGUUCUUGUCAGAUCGACACAAGGCUAUUGCAAAUGGAAUUGCAAAGGUUUUCCCUGAGUGCUACCAUGGAAUUUGCAUCUAUCAUUUAGAAAAGAAUCUGAAGCAAAGAAGAGUGAGAAACACUGUGAUAAAUCUCUUUCAAAGUGCUGCAAGAGUAUACCUUCAAUCAGAAUUUGAUGACUUCAUGUCCCAAAUAGCUGCUGUUGAUAAGAAAACUUUCAAUUAUUUGAUGGAGGAACCGCCAAGAAGGUGGGCUCGUUCACAUUGUCCCAGAAGAAGAUAUGAUAUGUUAACAACAAAUAUUGUUGAGUCAAUGAAUAAUGUUUUAAGACGUUCAAGAGAAUUGCCAAUUUUAACAAUGAUGGAUUUCAUACAAGAAAAAUUGCAAAGCUGGUUCUAUGAAAGAAGGACACUUGCAGAAGGAAUAUUCCGUGAUAUAUCAAAUUGGGCAGAAGCAACAUUGGAAGCAAAAAUUCAACCAGCUUUUACAUUUAGAGUAUUGCCCAUUGAUAGACUCAAAUUCAAUGUCAAAGAAGGUGGUAUGGAAUUUAUUGUUGAUCUAGACAAAAGAACAUGUGAUUGUUCUGAAUUUCAGCUAGAUGAGAUGCCAUGUGAACAUGCAAUUGCUGCAAUUGAGAGUAUACAUCAAAAGAAAUCGGCCUUUUGCUCAGCCUAUUUUUCAAGGGACUUUUGGUUGAAAACGUAUGAAGGGCAA